GUAAUGUACGUAGCGUCUUGAAAGUGUGGACCUUUCGUCUGAGUUUCCGAGUUUACUCUUCUUUCCGAAAGACCUUCCAGAAGACAGAGCAUAAAAAUCCACACUUUUCUUUUGUUGUUGUUGUUGUGUCUUUACUUUCUCACCAAACACAUCUCUCCAUUGACACUUCUGUUGACCUAACUCCUCCUCCCUUCCUUCGCAUUGCUCGAUUUCCUCCUUCUCCUAAACACAAAAAAAAUCUAUGGCUUUGAGGUGUUUCCCCAUCUGGGUUUGUCCCCAAACGCCUCAUCGUUACCCUCUUGUGAGUCGUCGUGUCUCCCUUUGGGAAUGCUCCUCCUCUGCUGCUUCUUCCCAGAGAGCCGUCACUGCUGUUGAAGGCGAGGGGCGUGAGCUCAAGAAGCAAUCUACUGAUGAAAUGGGUCUGGUUAGGGAGGCAAAGUCGGGUGCUUUUCAUAGAGACUUGAGCAUGCUUCCUAAACCGCUAACUGCAAGCAGUCUUUACUCUUCUGCUGGAGAUGAUUCAGAAGUGCGAAUAUCUUUUCAGGGCAUACCAGGUGCAUAUAGCGAGACAGCAGCACUAGAAGCAUAUCCAAACUGUGAAACUGUGCCUUGUGAACAUUUUGAAACUGCGUUCCAGGCUGUUGAGCUUUGGUUGGUGGAUAAAGCAGUACUACCGAUUGAGAAUUCAGUAGGUGGUAGUAUCCACCGUAAUUAUGAUCUGCUUCUUCGUCAUAGGCUUCACAUUGUCCAAGAAGUCCAUUUGCAUGUGAAUCAUUGUCUCUUAGGAGUGCCUGGUGUUACAAAGGAAGAGAUUAAAUGCGUUCUUAGCCAUCCUCAGGCGCUUGAUCAGUGUGUGAACUCACUUAACGAUUUAGGCAUACAGAGAAUCUCUGCAAAAGACACUGCUACUGCUGCUCAGAAUGUUGCUUCAAGUGGUAAGAAGGAUAUAGGAGCAAUAGCGAGUGUACGGGCUGCAAAUAUAUAUGGUCUGGAUAUUCUUGCCGAGAACAUACAAGAUGAUGUUAACAAUGUGACUCGUUUUCUGAUACUUGCGAGAGAGCCAAUGAUUCCAAGAACAGAUCGACCAUAUAAGACAAGUAUUGUGUUCUCGCUGGAAGAAGGUCCUGGUGUGCUGUUCAAGGCCUUGGCUGUUUUUGCAUUAAGAAGCAUUAACUUAUCCAAGAUAGAAAGUCGUCCGCAAAGAAGAAGACCGCUAAGAGUAGUUGAUGGUUCUAACAAUGGAAGCGCCAAGUCCUUUGAUUACUUAUUCUACAUUGAUUUUGAAGCUUCCAUGGCUGAAAUACGUGCUCAGCAUGCCCUUGGCCAUCUACAGGAAUUCACGAGUUUCAUCCGUAUACUCGGGUGUUAUCCCGUGGAUUUAGUCAGAUAACGAAGAAAAAUCUCAAGCUUUGCAUGUAGCCAUACUGUGCAGAACCAUGUGAAUAUAAACCAAACAGAAGAACCAGUUUUAUGGCUUUGGUUAUACCGCAAGACUCUUCUUUCACCAUUCUCUUAUCUUCGAAGCUUAGCUUCAAACUCAUCAUUGCUGAGACAAACAGUUAAUCUGUAGCUUAUUGUCAUAGAACAUGAUUUUUGUACAUCAAAUUUAAGUUCAGUGUAUACUUUAGACAUUUCUCAUGUUUUAGUGAUCGUUUAACUCUGCUUACUCUCAUAAUCUUCACCACAUGUUGUGUGGGAAUACUAACAAUAACAUUUACGCAGACAGGUUUUACACAAAACAUUGCUCCCCAACAAAGUUAACAAGAGACUACUUUUCAUGUACUACAAACAAAACAACGAAUCACAAAAUUUUGAUAAAAAUACAAGUGUUUAUGAACCUAGAAUUGUAUAAAUGAAAAAUCACCAGAAGGGUAACAAAACAUAAGUUACAAGAAUAAUAAUACUGACGCAGAAGCCUCUUGAGAGACUCCUUGAGGAGGUUUCACCAGCUGCAACUUCAGUGGAAUUCACCACAGUCUGUGUCUUGUUUCCAACCUUCUUGCUGCACAAAUGAGCCAAGGCCAAGUAAACAAAACAUACAAAAUACAUAACUAAUAACGUUUUAUAAGUUUUUAAUGUCACAACUUUCUUACCUUCCUGGG